AUGGGAGUAGAACUCAAGAUCGCGUACGCAGGCGGCAGAGUCGAGCGAGUCGCGCGCCACUUCGAGGACCAAACGGCUUCGGGUGUCGUCUACAAGUGCGCUGAGGACGCGUGCAUUGCCGUCAAGAACGAAGAGGUCGACUUCGCCGUGGUGCCCGUCGAGACGUCCGCGCUCGGCAGCAUAAACGCGAAUUACGAUUUGCUGCUCAAGCACAACCUGUAUGUGAUUGCCGAGUACGACCUGCCGAAGGCGGGGUUGGCUUUGGUGCACGGGGUCGACGUUGCCUCGUAUACGCAGUUCCUGCUGCUUUCCAAGAGAGGGGACUUGGCGUGGAACGCGAAGAGUGACAACGGCGAUUUUAAGACGUCUGUCGUGUUUGGGUUCAAGAACAGCUCGGACAAGGGCAUGCUGAACCGUGCGCUCGAGGUCUUCCUACGGUACGAACUUGAGCUGAUUAGAAUCGACAGUCGUCCAUGGGCCGACCAGGCUCCUCAGCCAUAUCGCAGUGAGAUCGUCGCGGACUCGUGCAAAUACGAGUACCUCUUCUACGUGGAUUUGCAGGGCCAUCUCACGGGUGCAAACAUGGCCGCUGCGAUUCGGCGGCUGCAAGAAAUCUGCUCGUUCGUGCGCAUCCUGGGGUCCUAUGGGACGUCGCGGGGUGAGAAGGCCAUAAAGUUGGCGGAACUGUCGCUUGGGAGCACCCGCAUUGGGACUGGCACCAUUCGCACCAUGGACACCAAGUACCCGUUGAACCCUGUGUUCCAGAAGAUGACGGUUGCCAAGACAAUGUUGAUCCAUGGCCAGACCAAGCAGAUGGAGGCCGACGGCAAGAAGGUGUGGUCGCUAUGCGUGGGUGAGCCUGACAAUAAUCCGCAUGAGCACGUGCUAGCUGCUGGUGCCAAGGCCUUGAUCGAGGGCAACGUCAAGUACUCGCACAUGAAAGGUCUCGUGGAGCUUCGCGGUCUCAUCUCGACGUACUUAGAGAAGGCCAAGGGUCUGAAGUAUGAUCCGGCCACGGAGGUGCUGGUAUCGAACGGCGCGCAGCAGUCGGUGUUUCAGGCUCUGUAUACCGUUUGCUUACCCGGUCAAAAGGUGAUCAUCCCGACACCGUACUGGCUCAAUUACCCGGAGAUCGUUAAGCUAGUGUACGCAGAGCCCAUUCCGUUACGCACGCUGCUCGAGGAUGACUAUUUGAUCAACCCGGCAGAGCUGGAAAAGACGCUGAUGGCGCACCCGGAUGCCAAGGCCAUCAUCCUAUGCAACCCAAGCAACCCGUCGGGCAAGUUGCACAGCCCAUAG